AUGUGGGGCCGUCAACGCACGGUGCCAAGCCUCUAUAUACCGUCGAGUGACCAUAACAUCGGUGUAAGGACACUUACGUUCCGCCUGAGUGAACGUCACCCACUUUCUCCCCCUCAAGCGCAACCACGUUCCACUUCCCGCACGCACCUGCGCAUACCUACCGACAUGGGCUACUCCAAAGCCGCAGGUAGUUGGGCGUCAUCGACCACGUUCUCAAUGUGGGCGUCCGCCAACGCGAGCUCAAAUCGAUUCGCAGCUCUGGCAGCGGAAACUGAAUCCGAUGGCGAGGCUUCCGAAGGCCUCGAGGAGGAAGUCUACACACAACUUGGAUCUGGAGAGAACAGGAUACAGUCAAAGAGUAAGCCGGCAAAGAAGUCGAAGAAACACGCGAAAGCAGAGGCGAAAGCGGAGGCAGUGACCGGAUCAGAAGCAGGAACAAAGGUUGAAGCAGAAGGAAGCACAGGAGCAGGCGCACAUCGGAACGCUAAUCUGGAGUGUUCUGCUUGCGGAGACAGAUUUCCCAUCGAGGAGUACCCCGUUAUCGAAGGCUGCAAACACAAGCCCGAGACGUGCGGUCAGUGCCUUGAGGCCUGGAUAGACUCUCAACUGGACAACACGAUUGCCGAUGGAGGUAUCCGCUGCCCGUCGACAUGCGACCGCAAGCUAUCGUAUGCCGAGCUCAAGGGAAAGAUCUCCGCAGGUCUACACAGCAAGUAA